UUGCCUCACACGGGGCCCGUCGCACACCGCCAACAUGUCAGGGGUGCGAGCUGUGCGGAUCAGCAUUGAAUCGGCCUGCGAGAAGCAGGUCCAGGAGGUGGGCCUGGAUGGCACUGAGACUUAUCUGCAGCCGCUGUCCAUGUCGCAGAACCUGGCGCGUCUGGCCCAGCGAAUCGACUUCAGCCAGGGUUCCGGCUCCGAGGAGGAGGAGGCGGCGGGGGCUGAGGGCGACGCGCAAGACUGGGCAGGCGCUGGGUCCAGUGCGGACCAGGACGACGAGGAAGGCUUGGUCAAAUUUCAGCCUUCCCUUUGGCCAUGGGACUCAGUGAGGAACAAUCUGAGAAGUGCCCUGACAGAGAUGUGUGUUCUCUAUGAUGUUCUCAGUAUUGUUAGGGAUAAAAAAUUUAUGACUCUUGAUCCUGUUUCUCAGGAUGCGCUUCCUCCAAAACAGAAUCCGCAGACGUUACAGUUGAUAUCUAAGAAGAAGUCACUUGCUGGAGCAGCACAGAUCCUACUGAAAGGAGCAGAAAGAUUGACUAAAUCAGUUACUGAAAAUCAAGAAAAUAAGCUUCAAAGAGACUUCAACUCUGAGCUUCUGAGAUUAAGGCAACACUGGAAACUCAGAAAAGUAGGCGAUAAAAUUCUUGGAGACCUGAGCUACAGAAGUGCAGGAUCUCUCUUUCCCCAUCAUGGUACAUUUGAAGUAAUAAAGAAUACAGAUAUUGAUCUGGAUAAGAAAAUACCAGAAGAUUACUGUCCCCUUGAUGUACAAAUUCCUAGUGAUUUGGAGGGAUCUGCAUAUAUAAAGGUUUCCAUUCAGAAACAGGCUCCAGAUCUCGGUGACCUUGGCACAGUUAACCUCUUCAAACGACCUUUGCCCAAGUCCAAACCAGGUUCUCCACAUUGGCAGACAAAAUUAGAAGCAGCGCAAAAUGUUCUCUUGUGUAAAGAAAUUUUUGCACAGCUAUCUCGGGAAGCUGUUCAAAUUAAAUCACAAAUCCCUCACAUUGUAGUGAAAAACCAAAUUAUCUCUCAGCCCUUUCCAAACUUGCAGUUAUCUAUUUCUUUGUGCCACUCCUCAAAUGAUAAGAAAUCCCAAAAAUCUGCUACUGAGAAGCAAAGUCCAGAGGACCAUCUUUAUGUUCUAGAACAUAAUUUGCAUCUACUGAUUCGAGAGUUUCAUAAACAGACCUUGAGUUCCAUCAUGAUGCCUCAUCCAGCAAGUGCACCUUUUGGCCACAAGAGAAUGAGACUUUCAGGGCCUCAUGCUUUUGAUAAAAAUGAAAUUAAUUCGUUGCAGUCAAGUGAAGGACUUCUGGAAAAAAUCAUUAAACAAGCAAAGCAUAUUUUUCUGAGGAGCAGAACUGCUGCAACCAUCGACAGCUUAGCAAGUCGCAUUGAGGACCCUCAGAUCCAGGCCCACUGGUCAAAUAUUAAUGAUGUUUAUGAGUCUAGUGUGAAAGUUUUAAUCACUUCACAAGGCUAUGAACAAAUAUGCAAGUCUAUUCAGCUGCAGUUGAAUAUUGGAGUUGAGCAGAUCCGAGUUGUACACAGAGAUGGAAGAGUGAUUACACUGUCUCAUCAGGAGCAGGAGCUACAGGAUUUCCUUCUAUCUCAGAUGUCCCAGCACCAGGUGCAUGCAGUUCAGCAGCUGGCCAAGGUUAUGGGAUGGCAAGUUCUGAGUUUUAGCAACCAUGUGGGACUUGGACCGGUGGAGAGCAUCGGCAACGCCUCUGCCAUAACAGUAGCCUCCCCUAGUGGUGACUAUGCCAUUUCAGUUCGUAAUGGCCCUGAAAGUGGCAGCAAGAUCCUGGUUCAGUUUCCCCGUAGCCAGUGUAAAGACCUCCCAAAGAGUGACGUUUUACAAGAUAACAAGUGGAAUCACCUUCGAGGACCGUUCAGAGAAGUUCAGUGGAAUCAAAUGGAAGGUCGGAACUUUGUUUAUAAAAUGGAGCUGCUCAUGUCUGCACUUAGCCCUUGUCUACUAUGAGAUUUUUCAGAACAGCUAAGAACGUUGACUUGACAUGUUAGCAGCAACUGGAAGCACAAGGAGAGAAAUCUUCCAAGGGACUAUUGUUUUUAAAAAUGACAAUAAACAGAUAUUUAUGGGGCAUUUUGAAUCUUUCACUUUAUAAGUGACAAGUGCUUUGAAAUACGGAAGUUUAUGUACAGUUAACCUGUAUGGGGAGAUGUAAAAUGAUACAUUUUGUCA